AUGCCGAGUGCAUCCCAAACUGAAGAAAUUGAUGCAGAUGAUGCAUAUAUGUAUGAUCGGGUAGAAGACAUGAUUAAUGAUGUCGGAGCAGAGGCAUUUGAACAAGCACAUGUAAAUAUGGUUUGUGAGUCCUUGUCUGUUGAUGCAGAAAAGCCUCUCUACGGUGGUUGCAAGAACUUCUCUCGUUUGACUGCAAUUUUAAAACUAAUCAACCUGAAGGCAGCUAAUGGGUGGAGUGAUAAGAGUUUUACAGAGUUGUUGUGCUUGCUUAAUGAAAUGCUUCCCGAGGAUAAUGAGUUACCGAAAUCAAAUUAUGAUGCAAAGAAGGUUUUGUGCCCGUUAGGCUUGGGUUAUAGGAAGCUUCAUGCUUGUCCUAAUGAUUGCAUUUUGUACAGAAACGAGUACGCAAGUCUUCAGGAGUGUCCGGAAUGUGGAGUUUCACGAUUCAAAAAUGAAGUUGAUGCAAAUUCAAGUACACGUGUUCAACAUAAGAGACCACCGGCAAAGGGUUAUGUGAAGAACCCUCAUCGACCGGAGGCGUCUAUUGUUGAAAGAUAUAUUGCAGAAGAAGCGGUUGAAUUUUGUACUGAGUAUCUAUCACGGGCUAAAUCUGUUGGUCUUCCAAAGUCUCGUCAUGUGGGUAGAUCUCCUGGAAAAGGGAGACUUGGGGGACGAAUGAAGAGUGUUGAUCGUGAAGAGUUGUUACAGGCACAUCUGUAUAUACUAACCAAUACUCCUGAAGUUCAACCUUAUUUGGAUAUGCAUAGGAGACUCAUAAAGGAGAAAAAUCCUCGAAAAACAGAACGAUGGUUAGUGAACGAGCAUAACAAGACCUUCAUAUCGUGGUUUAAGAAUGAAGUUGCUAAUUGCCCUUCCACUUCAAAUACAGUCUCCUGGUUAGCCGCAGGGCCUAAUUUUGAUAUCAUAUCUUGGCGUGGUUACGACAUAAAUGGGUAUUCGUUCUACACGAAAGAACGAGAUGAAAAGAGCACUAUGCAAAAUAGUGGGGUUUCAGUUGAAGCAGAAUCAAUGCAUUUCUCAAGUGCAAAAGACAAAAACCCGUUAUGUGCCUCUAGCUCUUAUUUUGGGAUUAUUGAAGAGAUAUGGGAGCUUAACUACGUUAAGUUUACUGUGCCUGUUUUCAAAUGUAAAUGGGUGGAUAGUAAUAAUGGUGUGAAAGUUGAUGAGUUAGGAUUUACUUUAGUCGACUUUCGUAAAGUUGGAUACAAGAAUGAACCAUUUAUCAUGGCAAGUCAAGCAAAGCAAGUGUUUUAUGUCAUUGACCCGAGCAACGAAAAUUGUUCAGUUGUCCUCCAUGGGAAACGACAAGUAUCAUAUGAUGAUAAGAAUGACUUGACUAUUGAUGUUUCUGAAUUUCCUUCCACCACAUCAAGGAUUGUUGUUGAAAAUGAAGAAGUUGAACUUGAUGAUGUAUGUGUUGCAAGAAACGAUCAUCAUGAAGGCAUAUGGGAAAACACACCAAUAAAUUAA